AUGCACGGAAGUUUUAAAAUUCAGCUGAUUAAUAUGGGAACUCGGGCAGCUGCGUUUACAGCUAAGAUUCGCUGCUUAUACGACUACCAGCUUCGACUUCUGCACGGCGUUAUGCCAGUGCCUUCUGGCCUGGACAUUGCCAACACAAUUAAAUAUUUUUCUCAAACUCUUUUAACUGUCCUAAAAGAUGUUCCAGCGUCGCCGUUAGAUAUGUUGCGUUCUCCAGACAAUGAUCAUUUACGAAUGGCUCUUUAUCCAAAUUUAGAUUACAAAGGUCUUUAUAAUGCUUUAGUGCAAUUAUUAGAUGUCGCAGGCUAUGUUCAGUACGGAUUACAAGCUUUUGGACAAUCAUUGCUACAAUGUUUGGGCUGCCUGUUGCCAUUUUUGGAACAAGAUAUGAUUGACAAUAUACCAUUUCUUGCUGCAUCAUGCAUGUUAGCAUUGCCACCUACUCUUCAUCAAGAAGUUAUAAAUUCGUUAUGUUUCUUCAUUCUUCCCUUUACAAUUACUCGUCAUACUGAAGAUGGAUUAGAAAGCCAGGCUUGUCAAUCUGUAGCGGCUGUUAUUAUGUUAGUUUUUCAAUACUCCAAUAAUCCAGCACACCAUUGUCAACUAUUAGAGUGCUUAAUGGCUCUAAAACAAAACGUAGUUAAAGAUUUGUUAUGCGUUAUAGCCUAUGGUACUGCUGCAUCUCGGGCUUCAGCUGCCAAACUAUUGUUUUACUACUGGCCAGCAUUUAAUGCAAAUCUGUUCGAUCGUAAAGGAUUGCUGUGCAAAUUUGCAAGUGAUCUUUCACCAUUACCGUGCCAAAGAGAUAAUUGUCCCAGUGGCGGCGCUGCCGAAGCAAGUAAAGUUUGUUACGACCACUGCAUAAGUAUUACUUAUGCCUCUGAUUCUCCGCCGCCCUUGUAUUUAUGCAUCGAAUGUGCCAAUGAAAUUCAUCGCGAACACCCGAAUCAGGCAUUCAGUGAUACUUUGCAUCCGAUGCAACAAGUUUCUAUGAUCUGCGAGAACAAAAAUUGUCGAGCAACAGAUAAAUCGGCGGUAUCAAUUUGUUUCUCAGCAGAAUGCGCUAGUUAUAAUGGAAAUCAUCCUAUAAGGUACUGCCUUCAAUGCCAUUGCAAUAGGCAUAAUAGUAGGCGAGGUGGAGAUCAUAUUGUACACAGAUCUCUUCCACCUGCUUGGCAAAUGGACGCUGAGAUGCAAACAUACCUGGUCGAAGCUAUUGUUAGUUUAUUGAAAGAGGCACGUCCAUUGAGUUUUGACGUUACCAAGGAAUCUUUAGACCUAAAACCGCAGCCAGUAUCGACGCCUGCUGGUGAUUGUAUUACACUUGAGGAACGACAAUUACUUGGUCGAUAUGGUAUUUGGUUGCUGGUUGGACUUUGUGCACCCACACCAGAUACACCAGUUGAAACACUUGGCCGAUUGCUUUCAAUGCUGUUCCACUGGUUUCAUGUAACCGCUUAUACAUUUGAAGCUGGUCAAGCGGAAAGCACAUUGGAAAAAUUAAAAACGCAACACGUUUGUCCUUGGUUAGCGGAUAUAUGUAAGUCGCAUUACGAAGAAUUUAUUAAUUGCUUGCUGCCACAUCCACCUGAAUACUCCAGAGUCGGUGGUCACUGGGAUACACUUGCAUCCAGAACUUCCCAUCUCAAGGAUGGACUUCAUCGUAUAUUUUGUUUGGCCUACGAAGUCAUUACACCUGAAAUCUGGGAUCAGAUAAUGCCAAAUUGGAUGGAAGCCGUAAGCAGUGAUGUCCCAGAAAACGAACUGCCGGAAUUAAAAGUAGUGUUUAGCAAAAUUCUUGAUCCUGAAAUGAAUCCUCUUGGAUUCGACGCUCAUAUGAUGUACAGAUUUGUCGCCGUACGAUUCGAGAAUACUACAGCUAAAAUACAACAACAAGCAUUGCAUUGGCUGCAGAUACUUUCAAUGCUGGAUAUUAUGAUUCCGCUAGAACAAUUAUUUUCAAUGUUUGAAUCAGGCGUAAGCGUAAUGCGUCAAGCUGCAGCUGCUGAUCUCGAACAAGAUACCACGAUUAUAAUUGAAAUACUACUAAUGAAAACGAAGAAGAAACUCAUAUUUGUAAGUAAAAAUAAAAUUUACGAUUUAGACUCUUGGGUUUGCAAAUCUGGUAUCUAUCCAGUUGUAGAAGACGAUUCGAGCAGCUCCUCCGGUAUAUCUGAUGAAGAAGGCGCUCAAAAUUUCCGGCCUACAGAGUUUACUAGUGAUGCCGAACAUAAUUUGACUUGCUGCACACUCAUGCUCGAU